AUGGCCGACGAACAACCACCAGCCCUCGCACAGGGUCCCACGACCAUCAGGGUCGGCACGCGAAACUCGCCUCUGGCCCUGGCCCAGGCAGACAUUGUCGUGGCGGCGCUGCAAUCCGUGCUGCCUGCGUAUUCGUUCCCCAUCUCCGGCAUGACGACGACGGGCGAUCGCGACCAGAACACUGCGCUGUACAACUUUGGCGGCAAGGGGCUUUGGACGACGCAGCUGGAGGACAGGCUCGAGGCAAACGAGCUCGACAUCAUCGUCCAUUCGCUAAAGGACAUGCCCACGACCUUGCCCGAGGGCCUCGUGCUGGGCUGCGUCACUAAGCGAGAAGAUCCUCGGGAUACGCUGGUGCUGAAGAAGGAGCUCGUCGACAAGCACGGCUGGAAGACGCUCGCCGACCUGCCUGAAGGAAGUAUCAUUGGCACCAGCAGCGUGCGGAGAAUCGCCCAGCUCGCCCGACGAUAUCCCUCUCUCAAGUUCAAGGACCACCGCGGCAACAUCCAGACCCGGCUGAGGAAGCUGGAGGAGGACCCGGAGCUCACGGGCAUCAUCCUGGCGGCGGCCGGCCUGCAGCGCAUGCAGCUGGACGCUCACAUCUCACAGUUCCUCGAGUCGGACAACGGCGGCAUCCUGCACGCUGUCGGACAGGGCGCGCUGGGCAUCGAGUGCCGAGCCGGCGACGACAAGGUGCUGGCUGCGCUCAAGAUGAUCGAGGACAAGAACGCCCGUCUGGCAACCGUAGCCGAGAGGAGCCUGAUGCGAGCCCUCGAGGGCGGGUGCAGCGUUCCGAUUGGCGUCGAGACCAAGUGGGUUGAACCGGGACAGCUGAGGCUACGGGCCACGGUCGUGUCGGUCCAGGGCACAGAGGGCGUCGAUGGCGAGGCGGUCGAGCCCAUCACCACGGCGGAGCAAGCCGAUGAGUUUGGAGCAAAGAUGGCGGCCGAUCUGGUGAGCCGGGGCGCAAACAAGAUCCUGGACGACAUCAACAAGAACAAGCCGGCACCACCGCCACCUCAAUGA